GAAGUACUUUCAAUCAACAACACACUCAGAAAUCUGCUACUUAGCUCCUCAGCACCCAUAAUUAUGUCAGUGUCCCAAGACAAUUUCAAUUGCACUGACAUGAGUGUAGAUGACCAAGUCGAAGUGCUGUUUGCGUUGCAAAAUGUUCAUCAGUCUUUCAUCAGCUCUCUUCUGUGUGAGAGCUCCCCAGGAGAAUGGCACGUGUUCUAUUUGAACGGCUCCAGUGUGUGGGGUGUGGAACUGGGCAAUGGACGUAAUAAUUGGGAACAACUGUUUGGCGAAUUCCUGGAAUCAAGUUUCCGAGACCAUAAUGCCAAAGUUUCAACCUUGAUAUUCAAUGACCCAGUGGCGGAAUAUGUUAAUGAGGGAAAAAACAGGUUCAAAUAUGUACCACUGUGUGAUUGCGUACUGCAGGAACUUACUGUGCGCUCCCACAUACAUUGGAAGAAGUUCUCUAAACCAAAUGGCCCAAUUCGAAACGCACACGUUGUAGCAAGUGAUUGGGCAGCUGUGAGAAUUACAGCCAUACUAUUAGCCCUUGGUAAAGUGGAUUUUUCACCCGUAACCUUUUCUUUGAACAACCAAGACUGCGCCAUUUUCGACUACAUUGCUGCCACGUCGACUUUCACCCACAACGUCGUAGUGGUGCCUCGCGCGCAGCUUCUCCCGUCGUGGACACUGUUCCUGCGCGUCUUCGGUCCCGUGGUGUGGGCUGCCUUGCUGGGCACGGUGCUGGCGUACGCGCUGGCGUGGAGCGGCGUGGCGGGCGAGUCGCCGGCCGCCAGCGUCGCCGCCGCGCUGCGCGCCUUCUCCUCGUGCGGGGGCGCCCCGCAGGACAGGGUGCGCGCCGCGCCGCAGCGCCUGCAGUUGGCCGGCGCGUUGCUCGCGUCGGCGGUCGUCAUCGCGGCCGUGUAUCAGGGGCGGCUUUUUAGUCUUAUGACAAAACCCGAGCGAUAUGCGGAUAUGGAUACUUUGGAGGAGUUGGCAAACUCUCGCCUCCCUGUAGUAGGCACGAUGGCAAUUCCGCACUUGGUUCAUCCAAAUAAUUUGCAUUCUAAGUCAAUGCAAGAAGCACUUUUGAAGCUAGAAUACCGACAAUCCACCCCCACGGAUAUUAUACGUCACCUAACGAGGAGGGACAGCGUUGCAUGGUACACCUUCGAAGGGAGCUGGAAAGAACUGGAGUUCGCAGGAAUAAUAUCAGAUUAUUGGCAUCAGAUGAGAGAACCAUUAAGGAACGCCCUCGGCUUCAUGCAUGCUCGAAAAAACUGGCCAUGGACCGACAUUGUGAACCAACAAAUUUAUUGCUUCCACUCCGCUGGUCUCAUGUCCAAGUGGGAAAACGACGCUCAGCGUCUAUACAGAAUGUACAUGUAUUACAAAUCAAGAGAAAAAGGUACAUUGACAAAGACGCGUUACAAAUUAGGAGCAGUGACGGAUGGUGAUCCAGAGCCUUGGGAGCUUGGAUUCAAAGACGUGUCCUGGGCUCUGAAGCUGCUUGGAGUGGGACUCGCAAUAUCGGCGUUAGUUUUCCUUCAAGAGCUUUGGCGAGGCCGCAAACGUCUACCCACAUAU